AUGGCCAGCAGAAACAAGCAUUUCAAAUGCAUCAUGUGUGACAAAGCCUUUAAUCGUGCAAAGAAACUCAUCUCGCAUCAGAACCUGCACACUCAGAACUACCCAUUUGUGUGUGCCACGUGCAAGCGAAGCUAUCCAUCGGAAAAAUCGCUGAACUAUCACAAGCUAACACACACAAAACCGAUGUUCAGCUGCGAUAAAUGCCAAAAAAGUUUUUUCUACCGCGAUAAGUUGAAGAAACAUUCGUUAGUAUGCGGAAGACAGUGGAUAUGCUCGUGUGGCAGAAUUUUUAUAAAAAAACUGUGGUAUGACCGUCAUAUGGAGGAACAUGAUGGGAGUGAACACCUCUCCAAGAAAAAAAUAUUAGAAAUCAGGAUAAAAGCGCAGAAAUACGUCUUCAAGUGUAAAUACUGCAAGAAAGAAAUGAAAAGUCGGAAAACCUUGGAGGUACACGAACGAGCAGUUCAUAAGCCGUUGAGAUGA